CGCGCUCACCUUUCUCGGUGUCUGUCUCAUCCUCCCUUCCAUUCCUUUUCUCCCCCACCCUUCCUAAUUUCAGCCCCUCCUCUAUUCCAAUCCCUCCUUCAUCUCCUCUCCCCUUAUCUGCCCUGUUCCCUUUAGUUUCCUAGCAUCUUAUUCUCUCUCUCUCUCUCUUCUCUGUCUCAUGCCCGCUGCUUUCUCUGGGCACUGCCAGCUUGGCUGCCCCCGGAUCUAGCCCGGGAUAAGUUGAGCGAUUGGCACGCAUGGGGAGUUCAGCGUCCUCCCUUGCGGCGGAGCGUGAGACAAGCCAUGGUUUCAAUGGGACUGCGUUCCCUGGGCUCAGAGUGCUGGGAUGGCACAGAAGUGGGGCCCCAGAGUCUAUAUGGCAGGGAGCAGUCAUCCCUUGGUACAGGACACUCAGGCUUCCGGACCCCAUGGCUGCCUCCUUCCCCUACAAAGAGUGGUCGUGUUGCCGUUGCACUUUCCUGAAUCCUGUUGGGCAGCAGCAUUGCUCCAUCUGUGAAGCUCCACGCCAGCAGCCAGAUCUUAACCACAUCUUGCGGCUCAGCUCGGAGCAGCGUUGGUCCUGCAGCCGAUGCACCUAUACCAACUUAACCCCCACCAGUCCUUCACCUCCUCCAAGUAACUGUCAGCUUUGUGGUUUCCUGACCCCUUCGCCAGUUCCUAACGGACUCCCUGGGAUACCCCAUGCCGAAACUGGAUCCUCAGGGCAGGGGCCGGAGCCUAGUGAAGGAACUGCCUCUAUUCUCUCCACCACUGGAGUUACCCCCGGUUGGAGUUGCCCUCGAUGCACCUUGCACAACACCCCAGUCUCAACUUCUUGCUCUGCAUGUGGGGGCCCACGCAAACUUUCCUUGCCCAAAAUUCCUCCAGAGGCUCUAGUGGUCCCAGAGAUUGUCCCACCUCCUGCUGCUUUUCAGGGCUCGGAAGAGCCAGGCACUGCUCCUCUGCGUGAGCAAGACUCUUCCCGUCCUCUCCCAUCACUCCCUCUGUCCCCCGGCCCACAUAAUGCCCCUGUUCCUAGGAGCAGAAGGGAGGUGGCACCUGAUAACCCACUCUCACCUUCUACGUCUGGUCCCAUCCGCCUUCCUAAACGCCUGAGUGUUUUAGAAGAGGAGAUGCCCACAGCUGAACAAGCACCCACCCCUACAGAACCUUACAGCCCAGAUUCUAGGUGGGCAUGUGGGAAAUGCACUCUGCGGAACAUACCCACUGCCAGCCGAUGCCGGGCCUGCGGCGCAGUGCGGGGUAACGACGGUGAACCUGGCAUGGGUGGGUUGGAUGCUCUCCCUUCCCCCUCUAGCACAGGACUCUUGCCAGUUUCAGCCCCCCGUAAGACUCAGUGGGCCUGCCCUGCCUGCACCCUAUUGAAUGAUAACGGAGUCACGCACUGCGCUGCCUGUCACACACCCCAACGCUAUAUAACGCAGCACCACAUGAAAACGCGGGUGCUGCGGCGGAGGGAGAGUGUCAGAGCGGAGACGCGGAGACAGACCGAUGAAGGAGAAGCGAAGGAGCUAUGGGAGAACAUUGUCAGCUUCUGCCGUGAUUUAUCCUCUUACCUGUCCCCAUCCCAGAACACAGUGAAUUUUGUGGAUGACAGCUUCCCCCCCGGCCCUCGCUCUGUAGGCUUCCCGGAAACAGAUAGCGUCCAACUGCGGGUAAAGCAGUGGCUACGACCGCAAGAGAUCAACUGCAGCUCCUUCAAGGAGCGCUCCGUCAAGUGGACUGUGUUUCGCACACCUCGACCUUCAGACAUCCUGCAAGGGCUUCUGGGAAACUGCUGGUUCCUCAGUGCCCUGGCAGUCCUGGCGGAGAGACCAGAGCUGGUGGAGCGGGUGAUGAUCACAAGGACAAUCUGCCCCGAGGGGGCCUAUCAAGUGCGGCUAUGCAAAGACGGAACGUGGACCACAGUGCUGGUGGAUGAUAUGCUGCCCUGCGAUGAAGCCGGAUAUCUGCUCUUCUCCCAGGCUCAGAGGAAGCAGCUAUGGGUGGCGCUAAUCGAGAAGGCCCUAGCAAAGCUCCACGGCUCCUACUUUGCUCUGCAGGCUGGCCGCGCCAUAGAGGGGCUGGCCACGCUUACCGGCGCGCCCUGCGAGAGCCUGAUGCUGCAAGUCAGUUCCACGAAUCCAAGGGAGGAAAACGUAGAUACCGACCUGAUCUGGGCCAAAAUGCUGAGCUCUAAAGAGGCCGGGUUCCUAAUGGGAGCGUCAUGUGGCGGAGGGAACAUGAAAGUGGAUGAUAUUGCUUAUGAGAAUGUGGGGCUCAGACCUCGGCACGCUUACUCCAUACUGGAUGUUCGAGAUGUUCAAGGAUUCCGGCUUCUCCGGUUACGCAACCCGUGGGGGCGCUUCUCCUGGAAUGGAAGUUGGUCGGACGAGUGGUCUCAGUGGCCAGCAUCCCUAAAGCAUGAACUGAUGCCCCAUGGAAGCAGCGAGGGAGUCUUCUGGAUGGAGUACAAUGACUUCAUUCGGUAUUUUGACUCGGUGGACAUUUGUAAGAUACACACGGACUGGCAUGAAGUAAGAGUCCAGGGCACCUUUCCCAACAAGGCCUCUGUUCCGGUCACGGUCACUUCCCUUACGGUAGUGGAACGCACGGCGAUGGAGUUCUCUCUGUUCCAGGAAGGCAGCAGACGUUCCGACACUGUGGACAGCCACCUUCUGGACCUCUGCAUCAUGGUUUUCCGGGCAUCCCACAGCGGGUCAGGAAAGGUGAUGUUGGGACGGCUCAUGGCGCACAGCAAAAGGGCAGUGAAGAAGUUUGUGGGAUGCGACGUUAUGCUGGAGCCCGGAGAGUAUGCCGUCGUGUGCUGUGCCUUCAACCACUGGCAGACUCUCAUGGCAGCAGGUUCCUCCCCAGCUCAGGCCUCCAGCCCCACAGGUAGCAGUAACAACCGCCGUGCCGCCUCAGACGCUCUAGGGUACAUUCUGGCCAUUUACAGUUCCCGGCUGGUUAUGGUGGAACAGGUGGAAGCUCAGCCAACAACACUCGCUGAUGCCAUUAUCCUGCUGACAGAAGAUAAAGGUGAAAGGCAUGAGGGUCGUGAAGGGAUGACCUGUUACUACCUGACGCACGGAUGGGCUGGACUAAUCGUGGUGGUGGAGAAUAGGCACCCUAAAUCCUACUUGCACAUCCAGUGUGACUGCACAGACAGCUUCAAUGUUGUGUCCACCCGAGGCUGCCUCAAAACCAGCGACAGUGUCCCACCGCUGCACAGGCAAGUGCUGGUCAUCUUGUCCCAACUGGAGGGGAAUGCUGGCUUCUCUAUCACGCAUCGCCUGGCACACCGCAAGGCCAAUCAGGCAUUUCUCAAUGACUGGAUGUCCAGCAAAGGCACCCACAGCCCCCCACUGUCUCCUGAGGUGUCUGGCCUCCACGGCCCCCGCCCACUCUGACACCCAGCCUGGGCGCUUGGGUGCUCUGUACAGGGUCGGCAGGAGCACUUUACAGACUUGAAACCCUUCCCAAAUGAUGACACUUGAAAUCUACUCAGGACUCUUUUCCUGUGUAUACAGGGACCCUGUCAUUGCCCCCUAAUCCCGCCAUUAAUGCACACUCCUAAACUUGCUGUUCCACAACACACGCACAGCUGUCGAGGAGCUUGGCACACACACACCUCUAGUCCUACAACUUAGAUUCCCCUCACUUUAUUUUAGGGUACAACAGUAUGUAAAGCUAACUAGCUUCUGUAAGGGAAUAGAAUAAACCUGUACUGAUAUGGGGGAAUGUUUCAAAGGGUAACCAGACAGAAACAUUAGAUCUUUGUCAGGUGAUUUCCAUUUGUCUAUGAGGGGCUGUUUUAGGUGCUUUGGGCCACAAUUUUGGGCUACUAAAAAGGCAUUUAAAGCACCCCAAGUAGUCCUGUGUGCCAUUAACUUUAGCAUUUCCCUCUGUGGCUGUCUCUUUACUGCUAACCAGUAACAAUGCACCUAUUGCUCUUAUAAUAAGCAGGGUGGGACUAGCCUAUCAGAUAACCAGAAUAUAUCCCGGUGGGCCCUGCCAGGGUACCAAAACUAUUCCUAUCAGCCUAUCCCUAUGUUCAUACAUAAAAAACGAUUUGGCACUAUACUUCUGUUGCUCUGAGAGUGGGCUUAGGGUGUCUGGUUCUCUGUGGGUCUCAGUCCAACACUUAGUGGAACUGGCUCUGGCUCCAGAUUUUAUCUCUUUUUAUUAUGUUGCAUAUUUUAGCAUAACCAAAUAUGAGUCAAAACGUUAUUGCCGCCGCACCCCCCUUAAAUAAUGAAAUGAUCAAAGGGCCAUGUCCCUGGAGAAUGGCUUUCACAUUUUAGCUGUGACCUGUGUCGCUAUAGGUCCUGGAUGAGCAGAUAUGCAAUGGCUGGGUGUUGUUCUGUAUAAAUCAGUGGUGCAGAGACUGGUCACCCCUGGCACCCCAACCUCCAGCACCCUCAAAGGUGAUUAUUGGGAGUGUUAGAGUGCAAGUCCCUGCAUUGGAGCUGGCUUUAUUUCCCUUUUUUUAAUACUACUAUACAAUCACUAUUGACAAAUUGAUUCCUAUUUUUUAGGGAGGAAUGUAGCCAUUUUUUACUUGUUUGCCUGCAAAUUAGCAAACUCUGCGCCUUAAAGCACUGGAUGCAUUGGUUUGUACAUUGCUUACAUGAAAUGGGCAUUGUCAGAAAUAUAUAUAUAUAUAUAUAUGUGUGUUUAACUGUUCCCCACAUAAUAGAACUUACAUAUUGCAUGUGCUGGUAUUGUAGAUGGGGGAGCAAAGUACUUGCGCACACUUCAUUUCCUGAGCACUUUCUCCAUAGAAGGCUGCUGCUGGCAAGUGCUCAGGAAAGUGCAGCAGCAAAUGCUGUCCCCCAGCUGCUGGAAAGUAAUUUAUGCCUGUGUUAGGAAAGUGUCUGGUUUUGGGGAUUUUACCAAAAAUAUAGGGUAAUUAAGGGAUUUUUUUUUAAUACUAAACUGAUGAAUGGUGCGACUACUCCCAGCGGGCAUGUGAUGGGUUCGGAUCAGAAGCAGAUAACCUGUCUGUUGCACUAGAAGCCCCAGUAAGCAUGGUAGCCACUGCCAAGCCCCAUCAGAAGGCUGUAUUGCAAGAUUAGCCAAACAUCCGUCCUAGCAGCAACCUAGGCAUCAUGGGAAAUACAUCCUGAGUGUGUUUCUCUUUAGUUUAUGGUAAAGCAACAUCUGCUAUGGCUUGUGCUAGCCACUUGUCUAGUUUCUUUUAACCCUCUUUGGGUCCCCAGAUGUUGCUGGACUGCAACUCCCAUAAUUCAUCAAUGUAUAAUUGAGGGUGAAAGCCUACUGGGAAUACAUCUGGAGCUCCACCGGGAUUUAACAGGAUGCAGUUGCCUUUCCCUUUGCUUUCUAUAUUACAUUUGCAAGUAAAAGCGGCAGUUUGCCUUCAUAGCUCCCCAGGUGGAUUCCCAUACUUUUAAAGGGCAAGUAUAAACAGGCUUAUUGCUGUUAACAAACAGCAUACUCUUUAUGCAAUGAUGCUGAAGGGAGUUGCAUCUGUAACUGAUGUACUUGCUUCAUCGCUUCUCAAUUUGUACAAUGUUAUUCUUUUGGCCAGUUCAUACGGGAAGCAGCCUGGUGACUUUACCCAUAACCCUGUGGGGCCCCUGGCUGUAGCACUCAGUCUGACUGAUCUAUGCAUUGUUUUACCCAGUCCUAUGUAAUAGAUAUAUUUUUCAUUGUACAAAUGGCCAGAAUGAGUGGGAUUAUGAGGGUCUUAUACAGGGAUAGAAUAAAGGGCAAGGCAACCAUGCCAAACAUAUAGUGCAAAUGUUUACAGAACAUGUACCCCCAUAUGUAAUAAAAGGCACUAAGUUAGCCCAGGAGCAGUAACUCAUAGCAACCAAUAAGAUGUUUGACCAGUAAAUUCUACCUGCUGAUUGGUUACUAUGGGUUACUGCUCCUGGGCAACCUUAGUGCCUUUUAUUACAUAACCCCCAUAGAGUCUAAUGGCAUUACCUGCCCCCAUCCUACCUGCUGUUUUGCAAAUCAUGGGUGCCAUCAUAUCUUUAAGGGAAAUAUAUACCACACCCUUGACCAAUACAGUAUAAGGGCAUGGUAUAUUGUCUGCACACUGCCACUUAUGGGUGGAAGAUGGCGCACAGCAAACAAUAUGGUGGCGUCCUCUGGCUUGCAAAAAGAAAUAAUCACAAAGAUCAGGGAGAUCUGUUUCAUAUUUGUGUGUCGGGCUAAAAGAAUGGAUGGGGAGGGGGCAUUUUUGCCAUGCUCCAGGGUGAUGGGUAUUGUAGUACAUGACAUCUGUAGGGUUGCAGGCCAUUACCUGUGCUUGGCUAUCACUUUCUCCUUUGGCUAGCCACCUGUAAACCACUGGCUACUGCUUUGGUGCCAAGUGCAGAUUUUGUAUUUAUUGCUGCUUUCGUGUUUGCAGGCAGAGGGCGCUGUUGUGCUGCGUUAGAGUGUAGCAGUGCAGUCUAACCAAAUUCAGGAGAGACUUUAUCCAAUAUUAGAAUGUUGUUUUUAACUGACGUGUGCUAAUUAAAAAGGGUACUUAGGCCUAUGGCACACAGGGCUUUCUGAUCCCAGGUGAAAUAUGCCAAUGUGUGCCAUAGAUAUGAAAUAAAAGGGAAAAUAUGAAGGGAUUAUAGGGCACCCAUAUGCAGUGUGUGCCACAUUAUUUAUAUAGGGAGCAGGAGCUGCCAUGUUGCUGUCUUUGCAGAGACAUUCUCUGUAGAAGGACAUUAUAAGCACACUCAUGUAAGUAGAUAAUCUAUGCAGGCAUGCAGUAUGGCAGCUGGAAGGUAAGGUUGGGCUCUGCCCUUACACAGAUUACUGAAGGGAAACAGAUACAUAACAGCGUCCACUUAGAAACAGGGUAUAUUUGCUAUGUGACCCUUUGGGUGAUGGGUAUUUUAAGAUUUUCACCCUUUCGCACUGGGCAUUUUGAUUGUGGUGGCAUUCCACUGGUCUUUCCAUGGCAUCCAUAGCAAGCACCAUGAAUAAAUAGCCUUGUGCCUCUUGCCAUUGAUAUGAGCCGGACACUCAUGUGACCAAUCACAAGUCCUUUUGAUUCUGACCCAGUGUGCCACGGGCGUAGGGGCAUAGUGACCUACAGUGGGGUUUGUCUUAGAGGCAUAUUCCUGUUAUUGAUGUGAGGUUAAGCUGCAAGCACGUGGCCAAAAAUGCUGGCCUGGUUGGGUUUUUGCGUCAGGUUGGUUUGGCUCAACUGGCCAUCCCCCUUCUGCUGCUGAUUGGUAUAUGCAAGUGACUGCACAGAUUAUAUCAAGUGACCCUGCAAACUGCUAUGAUGUAGGCCAAGAUAUUCUGUGAUGGUUUGCAGUUGGUCUUCAUUAUUUAGGUUUUUGUUCAGGAGCUCUCCAGUUUGGAAUUUCAGCAGCUAUCUUGUUGCUAGGGUCCAGUUUACCAUAGUAACCAGGCAGUGGUGUGAAUAGGAGCCUGGAAUGUAAACAGAAGAGGGCCCGCAUAAAAAGUUUAGUAAAUAGUUCAAAAGAUAAAAGUGAAGACCAACUGAAAAGUUGCUAAGAAAAGGACAUUGUAUAGGGUACUAACUGUUUAUUUAAAGAUGAACUACCCCUUUAAUUAAGAUUUUAAAGACCAUCCACCACUGUUGAAGAGUUUCUUUGCAGAUGUAUUAAUGUCAUUUUAUAGAGAUCUGUAUAAUGUUGUUUUGCUGCUGACUACAAUGGUACCCAGCCGAGUUGGGCAAGUGAAUGUGUUUGCCAGCCUCUGCUAUUAAACCUGCUCUCUGCCAAAAGCCAGACUGCUGCAGUGUACAGACAGAGCCUAAGGAUCAGGUUGUACCCCAGGGUAUUGCUGCUGUGGGGGGGAUCCGGCGGGAGAAUACGUUCCCGACACCUGUGCCUGAGCUAUUUGCACAAAGCAGUCAACCCACAAUUUGAUGGGCAGAAUCUAUAUGUUCCGCACUCUCACCAUUCCCUUCUGCCUCUACCCCCCCCCCCCCCUUCUUUUAUCUCCGUAGGACACUGAAAGAGGUAGAUGCUCCUCCAACUCCCUUCCACUCUGUAUCGGGGUCCUGAUCUAUGCCUGCCACACCUGGGAAAUAUGAAUAUUUUGAUUCUUGUACAUACUGUUCAGCUGUAAUAAGACAGAAUGCUAUUUUAUCAGCCUAUAUACUCAGAUUGUAUAGAUAGAGACAUUUGGGGCGCCCUGUGCUCUCAUCUCAGGUUCUUUCGGACCAAAUAAAGAUUUUGUUUUUUAAA